AUGCCGCCGAAGAAAGGCGGCAAGAAGGGCAAGGCGGCGAAGGCGCCGGCGUACGCGUCCAAGGCGGCGGACUGCGAGCCGUUCGGGUUCCUCGCGCGAGACUUGAUUCGAACGCCGCUCGGUCUGGACGCGGUCGUCCUCGGGGUCAAGUACCCAGACCCGAAGCGGCCGGGAGAGAACGGCGUGAUGUGGGUGCAGUACGCCGCGACGAAGCUCGAGGCGCCCAUCGAGGACCCGAAGACGACGGCGGGGUACACGAAGCUGUCCGAGGGGACGCACGUGCUGCGAGAGGCGAACCGGUGCGCGCGAGAGAUUCGCGUCGCGCGCGAGAAGAAGGAGGCGGCGGAGGCGGCGAAGCGCGCGAAGGAGGAGGCCGCGCGGAGGGAGUUGGAGGCGCUCGAGGCGAAGAAGAACAAGAAGAAACCGAAGCCGAAGCCGCCGCCCGCGGAGGAGGCGGCGGCGUGA